GAGGCGCUCCUGGGGAUGCAAGGAUGUAGAAGCACCAAAGGAGAGAAGAGGCCGCGCGAGGAGAGGUGGUGCGAGGCCCGCGGCGGCGCCGGCCCAACCGGGGCGCAUGGAGAGGAGGGCGGCGCGGCCGGCCGGGUGCUGGCCAUUCAGGCCCGAAAGCGGAGGCCGAAAAGAGAGAAACAUCCGAAAAAGCCUGAGCCUCAACAGAAAGCUCCUUUAGUUCCUCCUCCUCCACCUCCUCCUCCACCACCACCACCACUACCAGACCCUACUCCCCCAGAGCCAGAGGAGGAGAUCCUGGGAUCAGACGAUGAGGAACAGGAGGACCCUGCGGAUUACUGUAAAGGUGGCUAUCAUCCAGUGAAAAUUGGAGACCUCUUCAAUGGUCGAUAUCAUGUCAUUAGAAAGCUAGGAUGGGGGCACUUCUCUACUGUCUGGCUGUGCUGGGAUAUGCAGGGGAAAAGAUUUGUUGCAAUGAAAGUUGUAAAAAGUGCCCAGCAUUACACAGAGACAGCCUUGGAUGAAAUAAAAUUGCUCAAAUGUGUUCGAGAAAGUGAUCCCAAUGACCCAAACAAAGACAUGGUGGUACAGCUCAUUGAUGACUUCAAGAUUUCAGGCAUGAAUGGAAUACAUGUGUGCAUGGUCUUUGAAGUGCUUGGCCACCAUCUCCUCAAGUGGAUCAUCAAGUCCAACUAUCAGGGCCUCCCAGUACGUUGUGUGAAGAGUAUCAUUCGACAGGUCCUCCAAGGUUUAGAUUAUCUACACAGUAAGUGCAAGAUUAUUCAUACUGACAUAAAGCCAGAAAACAUCCUGAUGUGUGUGGAUGAUGCAUAUGUGAGAAGAAUGGCAGCAGAGGCCACGGAGUGGCAGAAAGCAGGUGCUCCUCCUCCUUCAGGGUCUGCAGUGAGUACAGCUCCACAGCAAAAACCUAUAGGAAAAAUAUCUAAAAAUAAGAAGAAAAAGCUGAAAAAGAAACAGAAGAGGCAGGCUGAGUUAUUGGAAAAACGCCUGCAGGAGAUAGAAGAAUUGGAGCGAGAAGCUGAAAGGAAAAUAAUAGAGGAAAACGUCAGCUCUUCUGUACCUUCCAAUGAGCAAGAUGAUGAAUUCUGCACAGAGGUGAAACUAAAAGCAGGAUUAGAGGAGACGGCUGAGGAAGAGACCGCAAAGGACAAUGGUGAAGCUGAAGACCAGGAAGAGAAAGAAGAUGCUGAGAAAGAAAAUGUUGAGAAGGAUGAAGAUGAUGUCGAUCAAGAACUUGGGAACAUAGACCCUACAUGGAUCGAGUCACCCAAAACAAAUGGCCAUAUUGAGAAUGGCCCAUUCUUACUGGAACAGCAGCUGGAAGAUGAAGAGGAUGAUGAAGAUGACUGCCCAAAUCCCGAGGAGUAUAACCUUGAUGAGCCAAAUGCAGAAAGUGAUUACACAUAUAGCAGUUCCUAUGAACAAUUCAAUGGUGAAUUGCCAAACGGACAGCAUAAGAUUUCAGAGUCCCAGUAUCCAGAGUUUCCCACCUCAUUGUUUUCUGGGCCUUUAGAACCUGUGGCCUGCGGCUCUGUGCUUUCCGAGGGAUCGCCACUUACCGAGCAGGAAGAAAGCAGUCCUUCCCAUGACAGAAGCAGGACGGUUUCAGCCUCCAGUACUGGGGAUUUGCCAAAAACAAAGACCCGGGCGGCCGACUUGUUGGUGAACCCCCUGGAUCCUCGGAAUGCAGAUAAAAUUAGAGUAAAAAUUGCUGACCUGGGAAAUGCUUGUUGGGUGCAUAAACACUUCACCGAGGACAUCCAGACGCGUCAGUAUAGAUCCAUAGAGGUGCUGAUAGGAGCAGGCUACAGCACACCUGCAGACAUUUGGAGCACAGCGUGCAUGGCAUUUGAGCUGGCAACUGGAGACUAUUUGUUUGAACCACAUUCCGGGGAAGACUAUUCCAGGGAUGAAGACCACAUAGCCCACAUCAUAGAGCUGCUAGGCAGUAUCCCAAGGCACUUUGCUCUAUCUGGAAAAUAUUCUCGGGAAUUCUUCAAUCGCAGAGAUCACAUAGCAUUGAUCAUUGAACUGCUGGGGAAAGUUCCUCGAAAAUACGCUAUGUUGGGGAAAUAUUCCAAGGAGUUUUUCACCAGAAAAGGAGAACUGCGGCACAUCACCAAGCUGAAGCCCUGGAGCCUCUUUGAUGUACUUGUGGAAAAGUAUGGCUGGCCACAUGAAGAUGCUGCACAGUUUACAGAUUUCCUCAUCCCGAUGUUAGAAAUGGUUCCAGAAAAACGAGCCUCCGCUGGCGAAUGCCUUCGGCAUCCAUGGUUGAAUUCUUAGCAAAGCUACAAAUACACCGUUCUGAGCUAGCAAGUGUUUUCCAGUACAUUGGACCUAAACGGUGACUCUCAUUCUUUAGCAGGAUUACAAGUGAGCUGGCUUCAUCCUCAGACCUUUAUUUUGCUUUGAGGUACUGUUGUUUGAUAUUUUGCUUUUUGUGUACUGUGAUCCUGGGAAAGGGUAGUCUUUUGUCUUCAGCUAAGUAGUUAACCAUUUUCUUCUGGAAACAACAACAUGUCUCUAAGCAUUGUUUCUUGUGUGGCAUUCAAAUGUCAUUUUUAUUUUGAAUGAAAAAUUCUUUCCCCUUUGUGUUUUGGCAGGAUUUGUAAUUAUUUAUGAAGAAAUAUUUUAGCUGAGUACUAUAUAAUUUACAAUCUUAAGAAAUUAUCGAGUUAGAACCAAGAAAUAGCAAGGAAAUGUACAAUUUUAUCUUCCAGCAAAGGGACAUCAUUCCUGUAUUAUAGUGUAUGUAAAUGCACCCUUGUAAAUGUUAAUUUCCAUUAAAUAUGGGAUGGGGACUCAAGUUUCAGAAAAGCUACCAAGGCCUGAGUGCUUUGUAGCUAAGUUGCACGUAGCAGACUCACUGCUCCAAGGACUUGUGCAGACUUUUCAUUCCCUCAGAGUCCAUUCACAUUGGAUUUUAAAUGAAGUGGCUCUGGGUCACCAGACAUCAUUCCCUGUAUGGCACUUUAAAGGAAGAAAAGACAUGCUUGUUCUGACAUGCAUUAUAAUUUAGCAGUCCCAUUUGUAUUUUUGCAUAUUUUUAAGAGUACUUUUAAAGAAAAAAAGUGAUUUCCCUUAAAAAAUGUGAUGGCCUGGGACCAUGUGGCGUUGCCUUCUCCAAGCACUGUAAGUUAAACGCAUAGAUUAAAUUGGACAAGAGAAACGUGUUCGGUGUGUGGAAUGACAAUAUAUAUAUGUUUGGAGAAGCAUGAUCAUGUUUGUCUAAACCCAAGGUUGGUAUAUGCAGGGGCAGUGCGGUGGGCAGACCCCUCCUCCAGCCCCAAGGUGACAGCGAUCACAUCCAUUCCGUAGGCGGCUCGAUGGUGGCCACAUGGACUUUACCAGCUUUCUCAUCGUCUUUCCAUGAAUGAGAAAAAUGAUUUUCCUCUGUGGGUUGCACACAGUUUUUGUUUAUGCAUUUCCUCAAAAUUAACUGUAGAAUCCAGGACACAAACCAUUAUUAGUAGGCAAUACAAUUUUAGAAUGUAAUAUAUAGAGGUAUAUUUAGCCUCUUUUAGAAGUCAGUGGAUUGAAUGUCUUUUUAUUUUAAAUUUUACAGUCAUUAAGGUGCCUCGUUUUUCUUGACUGUGUCCAUUAACAUUUAUCCAUAUGCCUUUGCAAUAACUAGAUUGUGAAAAGCUAACAAGUGUUGUAACAAUAAUCUAUUGUUUGAGGUGCUUGCAGUUGUCUGAAAAAUUAAAGUGCUUUGGUUUUUUUCCCCCAGACA